AUGCGUAAAGAAGUUUCUAGUGCUGUGGACUUUAUCACAAAGUUGCUCCGAUCCAGCGGCAGGGUGAAUGGUGAUGCUGCGGACACUUUUAACGUAACUUUGACCAGUUUGUUGUGCGAAAAAUACAACAAUCACUGGUUCCCCGAGAAGCCAUUCAAGGGAAGCGGAUUCAGGUGUUUACGAAUCAACCACAAAAUGGAGCCGCUGAUAACUAAGGCUGCGGUAGCUAGUGGUUUGACCGAGGAGCAGCUGCUACUCAAUCUUCCCAAUGAACUGACGAUGUGGAUUGACCCUCAUGAAGUUUCGUACCGUAUAGGAGAGGAUGGCAGCGUAGGCCAUGUUUACAACGCAGAGGGUGAAGCAAUUAAGCCGCAACAGAAAACAUCUAUUUCCACUCCUUCGCAGAGUCCAAGGUUUUCUCCGACUUUCGGCAGCCCCAGUGGCUCAGCUGGCAGCAGUCCUCGAAACACCCCAUCUCCCGUACACUACCUUUCACAUUCGCCAUCAACUUCUCGUCAUCAAAAUUACUUCCAAGCGCAAUCUUGUAAGGGACAGAUGAAUUCAAUGACGUACAGGCAGAGUAACAACGACGCCAUGAACCUCCAGAGACUGGCCGCAUACGUUUACAGCUAA